UUCAAAAAUAAAUCAUUUCACUUUAAAAAAUACAUAUACAUACGUAUAUUAAAAUGUCUUCAGAAUCAACAAAGAUUAAAAAUAUAAAAGAGGACCAUGAUGAAUAUUUAAGUUUAUUGAAAUUAUCACCACCGUCCAAAUCGACAAUAAUUGACCAUUAUUCAUGUUGCGAAUUUUGCAAUUGUGAUUGUACAGCUGAAUCAACUAGAAGAGGUGAUACAAAAUGCGAUAAAGAUCGAAAUAAUAAUAAUCAUUUUAUAAGUAAUCUUAAUGAUAAUAACAAUAAUGAAAUAUCAAUAACAAGAAAAUUGAAUAGUGGUAGAAAAAAGAAAAAUAAAAAAUCAAAACGUCCUAAAAGUGUUAAUACAAGUCGUAGUUAUACUAAAGAUUGUGUUAUAUUAAAUGAAAUAUUAAAUCUUGAACUUCCAAAACAAUCAAAUAUAAAACAAAAGUCUAAAAAGAAAUCUGAACUUCCAUUAAGAGUAGCACAAUUCCCUCCUGAUAAUGAAUUCGAUGAUUUAUGUGAACCAAUGCAAAAUUUAUGCCUUUCACCAAGAAUACGUCAAGCAUAUAAAAAAAUUCCAACACAUGAUAGAAAAAUAUUAAAUCGAAUGGCUAAAAGACGUAAUGAACGUGCUAUACUUAAUGAGAAUGCAUGGUUAGCACAAAGACUUUGGGAGAAUGAACGUUUUGAACGUGAACUUAUAAAAUAUGAACAAGAUGAAGAAUAUCGAAAAGCAAUUAGAGAAAAACAAAUAUAUGAUAAUGAAAUGACAAAAGCAAGAGUCGAAGCAAUAUUAAGACGAGAUAAAGAAGAUAUACAACGUUUAAGAGCUGAAUUAUAUGAAAAAGAUUGUAAAUUACAAAAGCGAUUAAAACGUAUAAAAUUAGAUAAAUCUAUAAAAAUACAACAACGUAAUAUAGAUGCAUUUAGGAAAAAUGAAGCUGUUCAAAUAGCCCAAGAUGAAAUACAUUUUGAUAAUGCAAUAAAAAAACAAGAAAUAUGCGAUCGUUAUGAGAAUCGUCUUGAACGUGCCGAAUGUAUUCGUAAUCACAUAUUAAAUUCAUAUUUAAGACGAAUUAAACAUGCUAAUUAUAUACAACAAGUUAUUCAUGAAGAAAAUUUCAAAGAAAUUGAUAAAUAUGAAAAUAUACGUCGACAGCAACUUUGUAAUGAAAUUCAACGUAAAACAAAUCGAACAGAACAAUUUGUAAGAAAAAAACAAAAAAAUUAUAAUGAAUUAUUAGAACGUGCCAAAAUUUCGGCAAAUUUAAGAGAUUUAGUAAGAAAUUCUGUAAGUCCUGAUGGAACCCAACAAUAUUUAAAUUCUAUGCCUAAUAGCAUUUUUAAAGCAUCAUUUAAUGAACGCCCAAUAUCCGAUUUAUCAUUUCAAAGUAGCGUAAGGUUAGGUUGA